AUGGACGGCUGUGUCAACGUGAGCGUGGCGGACGAGCCCGCGCUCAAGAGGUGCCAGGCGUUCAGCGCGCUGCAGGUACAUGUAUGUAACUUACACUGUAUACACACACACACACACACACACACAGACAACACGCUGCACGUCAUGGACGGCUGUGUCAACGUGAGCGUGGCGGACGAGCCCGCGCUCAAGAGGUGCCAGGCGUUCAGCGCGCUGCAGGUACAUGUAUGUAACUUACACUGUAUACACACACACACACACAGACAACACGCUGCACGUCAUGGACGGCUGUGUCAACGUGAGCGUGGCGGACGAGCCCGCGCUCAAGAGGUGCCAGGCGUUCAGCGCGCUGCAGGUACAUGUAUGUAA